AAACGCCUUCGUAGUCGUUUCCGCUUUCACGUUGUGCGCAGUUGCCUAGCUGUUGAUCUCGUUUCACUUUGUGCAACGUAAAGAACGUGAAGGUUAAGAAGAAGAAAACGAAAAGAAAUACCUGUUUCAUUCUGGAGGAGCUCUCUUUUCUCGAUCCAGGCUUAAAUCGACGGAUUGUCUUUCUGCGGACUUUUUGAUUCGCUUUGUUCCUCUCUUUUUCCACUCGUCCAGAGCGCCGUCAUGUCCCAGAAACUGACCGGUGAUGAUGCUCAGAAAGGCUUUGCCGUUGGCCGUGGGCUUUUGGCAGCCGCCGAGACUUUGAACUUUAGUAUGGGCGAGACUCACUCGGACCCCUACGGCUCGUCUUCCCAAUCACACGGUGGCAUGUCUGGUUUAGUCGGAGGGGAGGGAAAAGACCACGACUCUCAGCUGUCCCGCCGAGCGGGCAGCCACAUUAGCAAUACCAUGAAACUGUUCGCCAGCCUAGGCCUGUCGCCCACCGAUCUGGACGCGCUGGCGCAGGUUCCGGAGGAGAACAUCAGCGUGGAGACCUUGCCCCAUCUUAUCAUGCAGCUUAAGAACCGCAAGAUGGAAGCCGGCCGCCGCAUGGGUGGCGAUAUGUCGACCCUUUCUUCUGAGACUUCGUACAGAGGCGGCCGAGACGACUGGAGCGGCUCGCAGGGCGGAAGAUUGGACCGUUCCGGAGGACAGUCUCAAAGCCGCUCGCAAAGCGACUUCGGUUACACUUCCAUGCAAGAAACGUCUGGUCGUGGAUACGACAUGUUAGAUUACAGCAGCGGUAGCGGCAGAGACCGCCAGUAUUCCGAUCUUUCCCAUGACUCCUACCGCAGCCUUGGCAUGUCGACGUCAUCGACAUCUGACGACAUGUUCAUGCAGAGAAGAAUGGGCACCCCGUCUCAGGGAAAAGUGCAGGAUUUCUUGGGAGUCAUGCCAAUCAUGUUUCCCCAUGUGUGCUCCCUUUGUGAUUUUGAUGUGCACUCUGUCAUGGAAUGGACUCAGCACACAAAUGGGAUUCGUCACUCUGAAAACCGCAGACUCCUUCUGCAAAUGUACCCAGACUGGGAUCCUCAAUUGCCCUCUAGUCGCAAGUCGACAUCCCUUUCCCUGGACACAAAGAGUCGUUCGGAUGGCUUGCUGGGGGCAGCUCCAAUUGGUGCCAGUCUACAAAGAACAGGGAUGAGCUCCAGCUGGGGAUCUGAUUCCAGUAUGGGAAUGACAAGUAAAAUGACAUCAUAUUCAUCAGCACCACCCAAGAUAAGAAGUAGGGUGGUUGUGGCAAAAUAUGAAAGGAAACCGAUGUCUCCAAACAGCCUGUUUGCCCUGGCAAAACCCUUUGGCACCAUCUGUGAACAUCUAAUACUGAAGAACAAGGCUUUCCUGGAGAUGCAAACUCAUGAGGAGGCUUUGGCCAUGGCUAAUUAUUACCAACGUAAACCCGCCAUUUUGCAUGGGAAAGAGAUACACAUUUAUUUGUCAAAGGAACUGAUGGCUAUUGAGAAAAGCGGAAGGCCGGACAGAGAAACUAGGCCCAUUAAGAGAGCAGUCAGCCAGGUGGUGUUUUUCUCCAAUUUGCCACGAGGUGGUGAGAAGAAAAUGGAGCUCCUCACAAUAGCUCGUAGAUUUGGCACGGUUGAGAAACAUCUCUUUCUAAACGAUGAGGCAUUUAUUCAAUUGAGCAAUCCUGAGGAUGCAGAGAUGUUGGUGAAGUACUACACCCUCAAUCCUUUGACUAUCAAUAGAAGAAACAUUCGACUAAACAUCUGCACAAAGUACAAGACACUAACGGUCCCACCAGGCAAGGGCGACCAACCAAGGGAAGCACCUCCCCGUAAGAGCAGCACUAGCAGCAGUACCACCAGCAGAACUGCUGAUAAACCUUCAUCGAAGUCCCAGAGGUCCUCCUCUACAUCUAAAUCUAAAGAGGGCUCUGAUGAGAAAGAGGAACCAAAGGCUGAGGAAGCAGAGGCCGUAGGCGAUGGGUCAGGAGACGAAGACGCUGAUGUUAUGGAAGCACGCGAUGGAGACGAAGAGGGCUUUGAAGAAGCAGAUGCAGAUGAUGUCGAACUGUCCGGUGAUCCAGAGCAAACCGGUGAACAACAAGAAGAUAUUGAUGACACCAAUGUAGAGGAAGAGGAGGAGGAGGUGGAGGAGGAGGAGGAGGAUCCUGAUGCAGAGCAAGCCAGAGAUGCUUCGUAUGAAGCAGAGACCGCAGAGAACCAAGAGGAUGCUGAUGAAAAACAGGAAGAGACUGAGCUGGAGGAACCUGCAGCUUCUGAGGCAGAGCAGGAGGAGAACGCCUCUGAUCUUCCUAAAGAGCACGAGGAACAGAAUGAAGAACAAGCUGAAGAUGAGGGUGCUGAAGAGGACAGUGCAGAGCAGGAGAGUCAAAAUGAAACGGAUUUCCCUGAGAACAUAGAUGAGUUUGUUACUCUUGAUGAGCUAGCAGAAGAGGAGGACGCAGAGAAACAAGACUCAAAGUCCAAAUCUAGAAGCACAUCAGGAAGCUCCAAGGAUAGUGGAGGAUUGAGAGUUGUAAAUGUCAUUGGGUUUAAACGUGGCUACGGUUAUCUGGAUGAAGUCCUUGCUCUUGCAAAGCCAUUUGGUAAAGUCGUGCGGCACCUGGUUUUGGACGUGAGGCCUGAGGCCUUUCUGGAGCUUUCCAGUGAACAAGAGGCAAGAGCAAUGGCUAGUUUCUACAGUGGAAAUGUCAUGCCAUCUGUGUGUGGAAAACCUGUAAAGGUCUAUCAUUCACACACCUAUCCGACCAUCCAGAGUGGCCGAGUCCUCUACAUUCGUAAUAUUCCACCCUUCAAAGGCUCUGAUGCACUAAUUCUGAAAAUCGCAGAACCGUUUGGAAAAGUCAAGAGAUAUUAUCUGAACCGAAUACGUAAUGAGUGCUUCAUUGAGAUGGAAAGAUGGGAAGAUGCUGAGAAAAUGGCAGAGGCCUACAAGGAAAAUCGACCUAAAUUUGAAGGCAAAAGACUGCUCGUCUAUGUGAGCAGGAAAUAUAAGCAACUCAAAAAUGGACACAGACCUCCAGUCCCAGAGCCUGAGGACAAACGGCCACUCAAGAGGGAGCGCUCCGGAGAGUCUGAGACACAGAGCAGCUCCUCUGGCAAAAGUAAGGAUAAGAAAGAGGAAGAACCUUCUGUCAAGAAGAUGAAAGUGGAUGAGCCUGUCACUGUUAAAGCUGAGGAGCAGGAAGAGAAGGAAAGCCACAAUGUUUCAGCAGAAACUGUUCCUGAAGUGAAGAGCGGGCCAGAGGAGGAGCAAAUCAAAGACUCAUCAGAGCACCACAAUAUGGAGACUGAAUCUCAUCAAGACGAAGAGACGGGUGCGACUCCCCCUGUUGUUGAAUCUGAGAAGAGCGUGAAGACUGAGGAAAAACCCAUUACAGCAGCGCCCGAAACAAAGCUUGAAACUAGCCAUGCUACUCUUGAGCCGUAUGACCCUAAUGUCCCAGUGGGUGUGGAGUUUGUGAAGAUGGGAUACUACUGCAGAGUCUGCUUCCUGUUUUACUCUAAUGAAGACACUGCUAAAAAGAUCCACUGCAGUAGCCAAGCACACUACGAUAAACUUAAGGUGACAGUUUUUACCUUUUUUAUUAGUAAGCAUCAACAUUAUUACAUUGACAUAUUUGUUCUUGUUCAUUGUUUCUAUAACAAAUGUUAUUUUUCUCAUCAGAAAUAUUUGGAAAAGGAGAAAGCCAAAGCACAGAGUAACGGGGGGAAGAAAUAAACCGUUCAGGCUGGACCAUCUCUUAAUAUGUCCCUUAUGCUGUGUUUUCUUGUGUUAAUUUUUUGUUUUGUUUUCUAAAAAAAUAUUGGACUGAGGUUUUGCUCUUUUUAAAGUAGUAAUGAAAGCUGGCGCAUUCAUAAAUCAUAUUCCUGGCUGUUCUGUUAUAGCGAUUUAGAUGUGAAGUUUAACACAUUUUACGCCUUAAUUGCUACUACUACAACUGUUUUUGUUUUUCCUUUCUUUAAUUAAACUCUCAGCAAUC